UGAGGAACCACUGAGAGAACAGUGGAACAGACCGUACCUGGUGCUGCUAACUACCUUUACCGCGGUUAAAGUGAAGGGAAUUGAUUCCUGGAUUCACUACACACGGGUAAAGAAGGUUCCCGGAGAGUGGCAAGCAGAAGUAACUGGACCUACAAAGCUGAAACUUACAUACCAGAAGGAUGUCUAAUUACGUCUAUGGGACAAUCAUAAUAAUAUGGUUUCUGAUGAAUAUGACUUUUUCCACAGGCACCCACCGGAAGAAUAGAAAUGUGAGAUAUCAUCCAGAACAAAAUGCCAUUCUGUCUUGCACGGUUCGAAAUCAGAAAGUGGAAGUAACAUCGGGAAAAGGAAUCCAAUUCGACAUUAACAAAGGAUUGGAAAAGAUAAUAGUAUCCCAUAGAAAAAGGCGAGAUAUAGAGCCCACUCCAACACCACAGGAACAUGGCGUUUGCGGAUAUUUAAAGGAUCGAGUUGAUCACUGCUGUGUGCAUAUACCGAAUGUAACCAUGGAUAGAGAAUAUGACAUAUCUCAACUCAAGAGAAUUGAACAAGAAGCUGAAGAAGAAAGAAAAGAGAUCGGCCAUAAUUGGAUAGGAGAAUUAUUUAAUGGAUUGGGGAUUCAUUUAGGCGGGUGGCUACAAUCGCUUUUAGAAACUAUUUGCACACUCUUGUUAGUAUUCCUGGUCAUCUACCUAGUAUACUUGUGUAUCCGUCAAGAAAUCACCCGUAACACUAGCUGGACGCAUAAGAUUAUAGGAGCAGUAACCCGGGAAUACCCACGACGCCUGACCCCGCCACCGAAGUACUACGAGACUACGAGAAUGGAGAACUAAGGUGAAAAACUGAAAAAUGGAAAUACCUUCUUAAUGAAAGAAAGUAUUUCCAAAGGGGGGAAAUGUUGGAAAACUCUAGUUUGUCUUACAAAAAUGUAGUCGAAUAACUAAUAGUUCUAACAAUUCUAUUAAAUAUAGUUAAAAACUAACUACUCUGUUGAAAUUUCGCUUGCUCCAGGGUAUAGUCUCGAGGUAUCCUCAUUUGGGAAGGAAUGCUGAAAACUCUUACUGAGCCAGAAGAAAUCUUAUCUAUGUUAACAGAACAUAGAGUUGGUAUCUAUAUCUAAUGCAAGCAGUAAACUUGCAAAGAGAUAACAGUUUGCAUAAAAAUGUAAAGAAUGCUGAAAAUGUUGCAAGACCUGAUGUGGCAAUCACCGAAAUGAAUAUGUAUUAGAGUAGGUUGCAUCCCUUUUGAAUAUGUAACAGAUUGAGCAACACUUUAAGGAUAAAUGGCGAACGCGAUGUGACGGUCUUUGGAACCAGAUUUGGGUGUGCAUACCCCUGGUUCCCGGGGCCUCGAAAUAA